AUAUUUCCCCUCAACGGUUAUCCACUGUGUUGAAAAGGUUCUCUCCAGAUGUCCCGCGCCCAAGAAGUUAGAGGCGCCGCGACAAAGCAUCUGUACCUCUUAUUGUUGUUUUAGCAGUCGGGAGCAGAAUGAUUUGAACCAUACCAGAACCUUUGCUCGAACAGACCUUGUAUCCACCGUCCUGCAGGCCGCACCGAAGCCGGCUCGGGGGGACUCAUGGAUACAAAUCAGGAGCUUGGCCGAGCCAGUUCCCCCGCCACGGCAUGGUCUCUCCUCUCGAGGACGCUAGUACAUCGGGAACAGGCGCCUGGGGAUGUUUCUAGCGGCGGAAAAGGCCCGCUAGGGCUGACCACGCUCUAUGAUCCCGGGACUACUGGCAAGGCGGUGGUCGUGGACAUCAUCUUUGUCCAUGGAUUGAACGGCGGCUCGCAAAGCACCUGGAGCAAAGGAAAACUUGCCUCGAAAUUUUGGCCAAAGGAAUGGCUUCCGAAGGAUGAUGCGUUCCAAAAUGUCAGAUUUCAUAGCUUUGGAUACUCUUCGGGCCUAAAUCGACAGUCUGUGCUGAACGUCCGAGACUUCGCACAGUCACUGCUAGGGGCCGUCAAGGACUCGCCCGUUAUAAGAGAGGAUGGAAAGUCCAAAAUCAUCUUUGUGGCACACAGCAUGGGCGGACUUGUCGUCAAGAUGGCAUAUAUCCUUGGCCACCGCGAACCAGAAUUUAGGCCUGUGAUAAACAGAGUGUUCUCCAUCAUCUUCCUAGGCACGCCUCAUCAAGGAGCCUCGAUAGCAAGAGCUUUGUCGCGACUGAUCACCAUUGUCGGUGCCCGCCCCUUCGUGGAUGACUUGCUGCCCGAGUCACUCAUGCUACGCUCUAUCAACGAGGACUUUCCCCAGGUUUCUGGUGACCUCCACCUUAUUUCAUUCUAUGAAACCAGACCAAUGAGCUUGGGAGGCUAUAAGACCCUCAUUGUCGAAAAAACCAGCGCGGUAAUGAAUCUGACAAACGAGAGAAGGACGCCGCUCGAUGCCGACCACCGUCACGUGGCCAUGUUCUCGUCACCGAAUGAUCAUACAUAUGUGACUGUCCGCAAUGCCUUGGCUACUUUGGUCUCUUCGCAGAGCGAAGUUCAACGGCUGCAACUGCAGGAAGUGGCCCAAAGUGAACAAAACAUCCUCAAUUUCAUGUUAGGCAUCGCAGAGGCGCCUGAAGAUGAUUUGAUUACGCAAGAGUCUCGCAGACUUCCAGGUACAUGUGGGUGGCUUUCAAAGAAAGAAUACUACUUGGACUGGAAAGCUUCACUCGACUCACGACUGCUUUGGAUACGUGGGCGACCCGGUACGGGCAAGAGUGUGCUCUCUAGUUACAUUGUUGAAGACCUUCGAGAGAUUGGCGCAGAUUGCUGCUUCUUCUUCUUUAAGUCCUCAGACAAGGCCAGAUUGAACGCCAGUGAGUUCCUUCGGUCCAUGGCCUGGCAGAUGGCGAUGAUACACCGGGACAUACUUUCCAACAUCACACGUACUUCUACUACAGAGACGACCAGGCCCGUUGACAGCGUACACGCCAAUACAAUUUGGAAGAGACUUUACUUAUCCAACAUUUUAAAAGUCCGGCUCAGUCGGCCACAGUUCUGGGUCAUAGACUCUAUCGAUGAAUGCGAAGGCAGUGUCGAUGUCAUGGACAUUGUGAUGCGGAUACAAGAGUCAUGGCCCGUCGCCGUCCUCAUCACAUCCAGAGAUCCCGCGGAGAUACAUCUCGGGAAGGAAAAUUCAAGAAGGGAUAUCGAGUGUCAAGAGAUGUCCGAGGACGAUGUUCAGGGGGACAUCGCCCUGCUCCUCAAGUCCAACUUCAAGUUUCUUCCCUGUCCCGCGUCGGAUCGUUGGCCUACUCCAGAAUCCAUGGCGUCACAUAUCCUCGCAAGAUCUGGGGGCUCUUUUCUUUGGGCAUCACUGAUCUGCUCCGAGCUGCGUCAAGUCACCAGCGAGAAAGAAAUCGAACAAGUCUUGGGAAGCGUCCCUUCCAGCAUGGAUUCAUUCUACACGAAGAUCCUUGAGGAUAUGAAGAAGAGCCAGUUCGGCAAGAGCAUUGCAAACGCCCUGAUCACAUGGGUGGCAUAUGCUUUCCGACCUCUAACAACCUCUGAGAUACAAGUUCCCGUCGAGCUGGACACAGAUGAUAACGUUGAUAAUGUGGAGCGCGUCAUAUCGAAGUGCUGUGGGAACAUGGUCUAUGUCGACGAUCACAAUAAUGUCCAGCUCGUCCAUGCAACCGCCAGGGAGUUCCUCAUAACGCGCGCCUCCGACUCUGGUUUCACGGUCUCCAGUGCCGAGGGACAUCAAAGGCUGGCCAAAGUCUGUAUGGGCUUCUUGAUGCAGACAGACAGAGGCACAUCAAGGCUCAGCAGACUUCCCUCAAAUACCGAAUCAAGAAUUACGCGUGGCAACUCAGGUGCUAUCUCGCCUCGAGGGAAAUCCUUGAGGUCACAACUAGAGUCGAGGCAAAUUCGUAGGCCGUCUCGGCCUCAGUCGCCCUCAUCCAGCGAGAGUCCGUUCACGCGUUAUGCGUCGAAAUACGUUUUUGAGCACUUGAAUCGCGCCCAAUCGGAUGACAAAGACAUUAUCGAACUCAUGUCGGAGUUCUUCAGCGGAAGCAGUGUCCUCCGCUGGAUUGAAUAUAACGCCGCUCAUGAUGAUCUCCACACUGUGUACCAAGCUGGUCAAAUACUUAACACAAUCUUAGCCCGCCGGGCGAAACAUUCUCCGCCUCUCACCUUGGCCCAAGACCAGACCAAGGUCCAGAUGCUGGUAAAGUGGGGGAAUGAUCUGAUUCAUCUUGUGACAAAGUUUGCCCGCGAGUUGCGCGCGUCGCCACCGGCCAUACAUCACAUCAUCCCGCCUUUCUGCCCUUUGGAAUCGGCUGUCAGAAAGCAAUUCUCUGAUCCAUACCGCGGACUGAAUGUAGAGGGAGUUUUGUCAACGAGCUGGGACCACUGUCCAACAACGAUUACAUAUGACCCGGGGACGAAGCCCAACGUUGUUGCGGCUGGCCCUGGAAUGUUCGCUGUUGGUAUGAUGACAAUCAAUGGGAAAAUCGUGGUAUAUGGAGAUUCAGUCUUCCAGGAACUUCAUACCGUUAUGCACGGAGAACCUGUAUGGCGACUCACACUUUCGGAGCACGGCACGAUGUUGGCGUCAUCUGGGGCGAAAACGGUCCGUAUCUGGUCUACAACCGAUGGCAAGCAGAUCUCCAGUUUCAAAACAUCGUCCAUGUGUAUCGCUUUACAAUUCGCAGAGGAUGACACUAUCCUGAGGGCCGUGGACAGACAAAAUCAGCUCAUCGAGUGGGAUGUGUUCGACCAUUUGCCCCUGCGCGAGUAUCCUGUCAACUGGUCGGCAGGCCUGGAAGAAAGGAUGCAGUUCAGGUCGCCGACAAUCGUCGAGAUUGGAGCAGCGAUUGGACUGAUGUGCGUGAUUUACAGGGGCGAGGACAUCGUGCUGUGGGACUACCUUGAGGAUAGAGUAUACGACCUCUACCAAAAGGAGACCGGGUCGGUCGCGGUGUUCGGAUCUCACAAAGUCGCUGACGGUGCCACCACAGUGGGAUCUGUUACGUUUAGCCAAGCCCCUGGAACGGGUCUUCUUGCUGCAGCCUAUAUCGACGGAGACCUAGUCACUUACGACCUCAUCACCGGUGAGCGUAUUGCUUCCGUUGAAGACUCAAAUAUUGUGACAGUGUCUUCUUCGCCGGACGGUCGAACUUUAGCUGGGGCUGACUCACACGGCAACCUGACGCUGUUCGAGUUUUCGACUCUGACGGUUCUUCAGAGAAUCCAAUUCGACACACAGCUCAUGCCCAAAAGCAUUGAAUUUACUUCGGACAGCACACGGAUCAUCGAGAUCCGUGGCGACCAGUGCAGAGUGUGGGAACCCACGGUGCUCCUCCGUGCCGACAUCUCGGAGGACGGGGACAGUGACACUCUCUGUGGAUCCAGCGAACUGAAGGAAAUACUUUACAAUGCGCAGAGAAAACCGGAAAUUACAGCUAUGGCGUGCUGCCGAAGCUCCAGCGCGGUCUUCUAUGCGGUAUCGGACGGAUCGGUAUAUGGGUGCGACAUUUCUGAAAAGCCGGAUGCGCGGCUUCUGUUUGAGUUGGCUUCAAGAUGCCCAGUUCACAUAUUACACUUUGAUGAGACUUCCUCGCUUCUAAGCGCAGCUGAUCGGUCUGGUCGGAUCACGGUCCGAAAGGUCGUACGAAGGCACAACCAAAAACAGCCAGUGAACUGGCAUAUUGAGGCAUUGAUUGACAGAAUUAAGGCACCAGGUGGCAGUUCCGAGAUGCUACAGUCAGUUGUCACUUCAGGAGAGCACCUGCGAAUGCUUGUUUCGCAGGAUGAGACGGAUAGCCUGAUAUCCCUGAAAAGGGAAGACCAAGGCAAGCCAAUUGUUCAAUUGCAGCGAGAGUGGUCCCAAUGGUCAGAACACCCUACAAAACGCGACUGUCUCAUUGCCACCACGAGUUACUAUAUCGAAAUUCACAAGUGGGAAGAUCUGAGCUUAUUGGGGAAGUUUGAGGCUUCAUCAUAUGGCUGGUUCACCAGUCUCUGCCCGCUAAUUCCAGCACACCUGUUUGCAACCCGGUCAGCUAAGAAGGAAGUCUUGCAAGAUACCUUGAAUAUCUCUCAGAAAGGUGGUGGACACAAGGCCAUCAACACGAUCCAACUCUGGGGCGGAAAGGAUUUUGAAAUUCCACACGAAGAUACUAAGCCCGUAUGCCAGCUUGAAGAUGCACUCAGCUCAUGCAUUGCGCGCAUUAUAGGAUCUUUUGGUGCGAGACUCAUUGUAUAUACAACAGAUCAUUGGAUUGCGAGCAUCGAGCUUCAGCCACCGCGAGGCGUGGUACAGCGCGAGGAUCUCGUCCGGCACUUCUUCCUGCCAAGCGACUGGAUCGGCGGCGACCACGAACGCCUCAUUUUCGGAAUCGGCAGCAGUGGGGAGAUACUGUUCGCGAGACGCUCGGAACUUGCUGUGAUCAAGCGCGGGCUGGAGACUACGGAGUCUGGGGCAAGCUUCAACCCAAGGCGUGUUGGUACGGGUUGGAACAGCCCUCUUCCUCCGCGCCUUCGUGGUGCGCCCCCUGGGAGGUCCGCACCCAGUAGCUUGAACCCAAGCAUAUCUUGCAUGGGAUCAGCUGAUACAAGGAGACCAUGCGGGGACGUUGAUACCUAG